AUGCCAAGUCUCGCCAUGGCUGCUUGUCAUUGCGACCUCCAGAGACCCGUGUGCGGUCACUGUUCUCGAAGAAAGGAACAAUGCCGACUACCAAACGAUGAACCGCAGCAAUCCCAAUCCUACACCCGCUUCCGUUGCCGAAAUUUCAAUUGUUUCCAGUGCCCUAUCCACAAGAGUCUGUUGAACGGAGAAGAAUUGCUGCUUUACAACUUCGUGUCGAACGUUAGUUUCACGUUAUCAGAUCGAACCGAUUACCAGACGGUCUGGUCCUUACACGUCCCGCGAGAUGGCCAGGAUCACCCGCACCUCAUGCACAGUAUGUUGGCGAUAUCUGCGCUACAUCUCGCGCAAACAACAAAAGCCAGAGAUUAUUCCGACGAAAGAUCCUAUGUGGAUCUGGCUGCGCACAACUAUCAUCAGGCGUUAUCUCUUCUUAUUCCAAACGUGACCGUCGUUACUACUGGAAAUUUCGACGCUCUGUAUGCAAGCGCCAUGCUCACUUUUCUGUUUAACAUCGGACGUCUCAACUCAUCCAACUCCGCUCGACUUCCCUACGACAUCGCGGCGCUCUCUGAGCUGGGAAAAGGUGUCCUUGCUGUUCGGCUAGAGGGGGCAAUGAGACAUAAAAUUAAAAGCUCGCAACUCAUGCGUGAAUACCGCCCUUGGGAUUCUCCGCAGCCACUUCCAGACAGCAUAGAUCGGGCAAUAAAACAUAUCGAGAAUUUAGUACAUUCGCUUCCUGAAUCUAGAAAAAAUAAGGACCAGUACAUCCAAGCUACUCAACUUCUUCGAUUCACAUUCAACGCUUUGACUCAAAACCCUGAACAACCAGCAAUGAUUUUUAUGUGGUUGGUGCUUGUUGACCGUCGAUUUAUCGAACUUCUGCGAGCUAAAGAUACCAUGGCCUUGUUGAUACUAGGGCAUUAUGGUAUAUGUGCGUUUCAAAUAAAGGAUAAAUGGUGGGCCGCAAACUGUGGGAGGCAUAUUGUUGCUGCGGUCCAUGAUAUUCUCGAUGAUUCGGAAGCAAUGGAUAUGGCAAGACGAUGUAGGGCUUAA